AUGCCCAUCCAAAAAGCAGUCAAAGCAGCUGCCCACGCCUCGCGGCAAAUAAACGCCGUCGUCGUAUCGAGCGGUCUCAUGGAAAAAACCGUCAAAGUAAGGAUCGGUACGCAAGUAUGGAAUGAGCAUUUGCAAAAGAAAUUCAACUCCAAAACCCACCUCCUCGUCCACGACCCCCGCUCCUCCCUCACAACCGGCGACAUCAUAACCAUCACCCCAGGCCACCGCACCUCCAAAACCGUCCACCACGUCGUCUCCUCCAUCAUCGCCCCCUUCGGCCGUCCCAUUUCCGAGCGUCCCCCCAUCCCCACCGCCGAAGAACGCAUGGCGGCCCGCGAGCGCAAACUAAUGGCAAAGCAUAUUCGCAAGGGGAGUUGGAGUCGCUGGGGCUUUGAGCGCGAUCCCAGGGGGAUCGAGGGCAGUGAGUGGUUUGUGGAGGGCUUUGCCGAGGGGAAGAAGCCAAAGGAUGAGGUGAUUCAGGCAGAGGAGUCGGCGAAUGGGAAUGGGGAGGAACUAAGGCUUGUGUAG